AUGUCCAGUCCUCGACGUCGCAUCGAGACAGAUGUCAUGAAGCUUAUGAGUGACUAUGAAGUUACUCUAGUCAAUGAUAACAGGCAGGAGUUCUAUGUCCGCUUCAAGGGGCCUGAAGAGACACCAUUUCAAGGCGGUCUCUGGAAAGUCCACGUCGAGCUCCCGGAUCAAUAUCCGUACAAAUCACCUAGCAUCGGCUUCGUCAACCGAAUCUUCCAUCCAAAUAUCGACGAGUUAUCCGGCUCCGUCUGUCUCGAUGUCAUCAACCAAACCUGGUCCCCCAUGUUCGACAUGAUCAAUAUCUUUGAAGUGUUCCUUCCACAACUCCUCCGCUAUCCCAACCCUACAGAUCCUCUAAAUGGUGAAGCUGCUGCAUUACUGAUGCGAGAACCGAAGAGCUACGAGGCAAAGGUUAAGGAAUAUGUGACCAAAUACGCGAGUAAAGAUGCCGCAGACGAUGCAGGAGCCGAGACAGAUGAGGACGAUGACAUGUCAUCCGUAGGGAGUUUCGGAGAUGAAGAGGAUGAAGAACCCGCUGGACAAAUGGAGGAGGUUUGAGCAUCGACUUCGCGAUGAGCGGGAACAGGACCCCUCGACAAUGCCAUCUCGGCUGGUCGCUAUUUCUUUACGCAUACAGUUGUGGUGUUUGAUUUU